CCAGCUGGCAAACGUUAGUAUUCGUAUAGCAACCAAAGUGGUAGCAACUACAUAUAUAAGAAUAGGAGUUAGCCGCCCAAAACAUUCAGAUAUUUUGCUGUGCAAGAUACGUUUGUGUUGUGUCAAGCAAGUGAGACAUAGUUUUUAAAUUUUAACAACAAAGAAAAAUGUCGCUCGUUCCAUUAUUGUUCUCCGACUGGUGGGAAGAUUUGGACCGCCCUCACCAGCUUCUGGAUCAAAAUUUUGGCCUUGGUCUACGUCCUGAACAACUGUUGUCGCCUCGCAGGCUUGAACAAUUGGUUUCUCCCAGAAGAUGUCCGAUGAUCUACUACCGACCCUGGGCCGACCUUAUGCGCGAGGCCGAUGGAGGAGCUUCCGUAGUACAAUCAGACAAGGACAAGUUCCAAGUCCAGCUCGAUGUCCAGCAGUUCAAGCCGGAAGAAAUUGAAGUCAAGGUGGCUGACAAGUACGUCGUCGUCAGCGGGAAACACGAGGAGAAAAAAGACGAACAUGGUUGGAUUUCGAGACAGUUUGUCAGGAAGUACAUGAUACCUGAGCAGUGCGACGUCGAACAGGUAAAAUCAAGUCUCUCCUCUGAUGGUGUCCUGUCAAUUGAGGCUCCAAGAAAGGAACAACCCGAGCUUCAAAACGAGAAAGUCAUCCCAAUCGCACAAACAGGCAAACCGGCUGUGAAGGCAAAUUCCGAAAAAGCUGCCAUCAAGGGCAAAGAAGAGGUCCAGGAGAAGAAGAAGUGAAGAUAAAUACUAUUUUACUACAUACCUGCUCCAGUGGGCUCUAAAUUAAAGAACGUUACUGGAACUGCUAAAAAAAAAGUUUCUUCGACGUACAAGUCAAGACGUUUUUUGAGCCGGUUUAGUUAGGUUCUUUACGUUUGUGCCCACUGGGAAACUGUGCUUAGAGUUCAUUUUCAUUGUUACUCUUAUACUUUUUGAGACUGAUUUUUUUUUUGCUGUGACGUAUCUACCUCGAUAUAUUUAAUCACCGUUAUUUCCAAAUUGUAAUCUACAGAUACAAGAAUGAUAUAGUAAAUUAAAUAUUGUUAUCACGUUGAUAUCUGUAUGAUACGUAAUGUUACUACUGUGUGUGUAAUACAUUGUACUAAUAAAGCAAGAAACCGGUAAAA